UUUAGUCACUCCCUCGUCACUCACGACCAAUCGGUGCCUUUGUUUUGGCUCGAGCAACCAGCAGGCAAAACAAGUCGGAUAUUCCCCCAUGAGGGAGGAAGACCGACCAUGGGGCUUAUCAUAUCCAGAUUUAGAAAAAAGCCUUCAACUAAAGAGCUUUUGGAGCAGAUUCAGAAGAAUGUCGAGGAGAUUGAGGAGUACCGUAGCCACACUCAGCAGCGCCAGAAGAGGCUGGUUGGCUAUCUGGUGCUCUACUCCAUUGUUUUGUACCUUGUAGCAGCACUCAUCUGCUACUUUUACUACUUCCCAGACAACUUUCAGCACCGGCUUAUUUAUGCCACACCCUUUGUAGUCUUUCCAUUCUUAGUUUACAUACUUAAGCGAAUACUGACAUGGUAUUAUUCCCGGAAGAUUUCAAAAAAUGAGGAAAAACUAAAGUCUCUCUUAGAACGCAAGGAGAAGAUUUUGGAUGAUGUAAUGGAGACCGAAACUUAUAAAGUAGCCAAGGAAAUUUUGGAGAAGUUUGCUCCUGACCAGCUGCGUAGAAACCAGAUGCACAAAACAACAGCUGUCAGUGUGGCAUCUCCAGUCACUAGUCACCAGUCAGAUGUUCGAAGACGAGUAGUCAACAGUACCAGCACCCCACAGCCCCGAGGUGUGGGUGGGGUUGGAGUGCGGCCUCAGGGACUGCCUCACCAGACCCCCAUCUUUACCCCAAGGCCUCUGAUGACACCUCAGGCCACACCACUCAGACCAGUGGGUGGUGUGAUUCCUCCGAGGUCAGUUCCAGUUGUGGCAUCCACACCUGGCCCUCCGGUCCCCAGGCAUGCCCUGACCACUACUGCGCAGAUGUCCGCCCUUCCAUCUACUCCAAUGCCCCGUGGAGCAGUUGUGAGGGAGGAAGGUGGCCCCCCUGGACCUCCCAUGCCUCGGCCAGUACUUCCCAGAGAGAGAGGAUACCUGGACCGUUUCAUAGAAUACUUAGUUGGAGAUGGUCCAGCAAAUCGUUUUGCAUUGGUGUGUCGUCAGUGUGAAUCACACAAUGGCAUGGCUCUUCAGGAUGAGUUUCAGUACCUGGCAUUCCGGUGUGCUUAUUGCUAUUACUGGAAUCCCGCCCGUAAACAGCGUCCCUCAGCACCACGCCUGGAGGAUCUAGCCCCGCAGCUGCCUCCUCCACUGCCUACAACUCGAGACCAAGAAGAGGAGGAGGAGGAGGAUCAAGAAUCAUCUUCUGGGGAAGAUGAAGAGGAUGAGGAAGAAGAAGAAGAAGGAGGUGCAGAAGAUGAGUCAGAGAGUAACAACAGUUCUGGUGAGGAGGAGGAAGGUCCAGCAUCCUCAGAGAUGUCCAGCACCAAGGCCACAUCAAGCCAGGAGGGUUCAUUGGAGGAUCUGGCUAAGUCAGUUCCAUCAUCUGAUCCAACAACAUCAGAUGACCACCAGCUGCCUGGGGUGGAGGUUCCCUCUGGAUCAACUGGUCUCACAUCCUCUUCUACAUCUCCACCUUCCUCCACCAAUGAGGCAGAAGAAACAGAAUAGAAUUUUCCAGUCAUUGAUCUGGACUGAGGCUGUGACUCAGUUAAUAAUUCACCAGGUGAAGUGUUCUUUUGUUGCUAUAGUCUGUUCAUCUCUUGAGCUUGUGUUCUGUUAGCUUUUUAUAUUAUCUCAGGUUGAUUUAUAUGUAAAACUGUUAUGUUGUCCUCUUGGCCUUCAGGUCUCAGUACCUGGAUUAACACUGCACACAAGCCCUUAUUUUCAGCACAUGGCUAUUUACAGCACUUACUGUUUGCCUCUUUCUCAGACCAUGGAUACUGGCUGUUUGCUGGUAAAUGUACUUAAUGUGAUCUUUCCAGCAUUGUCUUUUUUGUCAUGUGUUGGCUUUUGCACAAAAAUGUAUGACUUUGCAGCCACACAUGUUCCUAUAACUGAUAUCCUCAGGACACACAUAAAAAUGUUACAUUCUCUCCCACUGCCAGUAUUUUCCUCCGAAUUUGUGCUGUACAAUGCAGCACUUUUAAAAUUCUCCAAAGGAUCUUUGAAUCUUUGAUUUUCAAAACACUUGGUGAUUUUUCAAAGCCAGUAUAUGUUUCUCUCCUCCCAGAUAAUUUUGGGUGCCAAUGAGUUUAUCAGUCAUUAGAGUUUGAGUGAUAUUUUUCUUUUUAGCUGAUUAAGAUAUGGUAAUAAAGCAGAAAUGUCAAGAAAAUGCUGACAGCAUUAAUAUUGUGUGUGAUGUCUUAUUUUUUUCUGUUGCUCACAAGCAGGUGCUAUUAGUGUGUUUGGUGACAGCUGCACCCUAACUUAGUUUCCGAGAGGUAAUGCUUAACUAUAUAUGUUGAUUUUUAUAAGGCAACUGGAAUGUUGAUAUUCAGUAUUAGUUGAAAUUCAAAUUUUUGUGAAUAUCAUGUGCAGAAUAGGAAUUUUAACUUACUUUUGAAAAGGUAAUUAUGUGCCCAGAAGUAGGUUUGUGUGUCACCUGCAGAAUUUCCUUGUGUACAAUACUAGCUAUUGUCCUAUUAUUGUUAGCUAGAUUAAACUAUUACUUUCUUA